AUGCAACGCAUUAUUAAUACUGUGAACCUUGCAUUAAUAACAGAAUAUUCAAAUCAGUUGGAAAGUGUUUCUGACGAAACACCUAUUGAAUUCAUCAGUGUUUACGAGCCAUAUGAUACUUAUAGUAUUUCUUCAAUUGUUGAAACUGAUGAAAAUACUUAUGGUAUUUCUUCAAUUGUUGAAACUGACGAAAAUACCCAUGAUUCGUCAUCGAUAGAUAAUUUUGAUAAUUUUGAAACUGUCGAAAAUACUCAUGGUUUUUCAUCAAUUGAUAAUAAUGAAACUGUCGAAAAUACUCAUGGUUUUUCAUCAAUUGAUAAUAAUGAAACUGUCGAAAAUACUUAUGAUUCUUCAUCGAUUCAUAAUAUUGAAACGGAUGAAAUUAUCAAUUCUGACGAAACUUAUGGCAUUUCAUCGAUUGUAACUAAUCAUGAUAUUUCAUCAACCGAAAAUAUUGAACCUGGUGAAAAUACUUGUUGUACUUCAUCAGCAGAAAAUUUUGAAGGAAAAUGGGAGAAUGAUGAUGAUGCAAAAGAAUGUCGUAGGUGCCAAAAGCCGUUUAAUGUCUUGCUUAGAAGAAGGCAUCAUUGCAGGCGAUGUGGUCAAUUAGUAUGUUAUGAGUGUUCAAGAGAACGUACCAUAUCAUCAGAUCAAGUGGUUACUCUGUCUGGAAACGGAAAACCCAUCAAAUCUUCAUAUCGUAUAUGUACUUCAUGCUAUGAUUUGAUGAAUCCAGAGCAUUCAGAAAACGUAAAACCUGCUG